UGUGGUUUAUAAAUAUAUUCAAUGAACUUUUCAAAAAUUUCCACAAAAAGCAUUUUCUUCUACUGUAGCAACAGCAACUGUCAAACCAAAUGUUGACAUCGAACCAUUUGACAGCUGCCAUGCAACACUGUCAAAAAGUGCAAAACGCACAAUAAUAAUAAUUAAAAGUCACCAUCGCAAAGGACACGAAAAACAGGACACGGAAAGGACUACAUUCAACACAAGGGGGCAGAAACAAUACUGCUCCCUGUAAUCGAUAAUCGCUGAAAAAUACUCAUCAUUAUCUUACCGUUUACUGUACGUGUUUUACAUUUGCAUAGUUCCUUCCGAGUUGCUUGAAGCUGCAGGCUGGCAAAAGUGCGUUAGCUGCUCCAGCUCGUCGGUGUUGUUUUUCAAUCUGCUCCGAAUUCUUCACAUCAGUUUGUGUGGGUGAAUGCGUGUGCGCGAAUAAACACUAGCAGGGUGGUGGUUGACAAACAGCUUGCACAGCCCACCUGCUGGUGGAUUAAAUGAUAAGGAAGAAUCAUCUCGCUUUCCCAUAGUUGUUGGUGAGUGCUAAUCAGGGAAGUAAACAUGAUCAGCAUGCAGUUAAGGCAUGAUUCCCACCGGGGUUGAAUCGUAACCUCGAAUCGACGAGAGCGCAAUCCCUUCUGCUGCAUGUAUCGACCGAUCCGUUCCUCCGGAGUGUCGUAUGUUCUAGUUCCUGUUCGCCUGUUGUCCUAGUUCUCCUCACUUGGACGAUCAUUUCUUUCAAGUUUGUGUGUGUUUGUGUGAAUUAGUUACGAAAGUGUGUAAGGUUUGUAAGGUCUUCAGAUAACAGCAAGGCUUCUCGUGGUGUACUGGCGUAACUAUAGCCUAUCCACCGAAAGGUCAACAGCAUGGCUUCCACGAUGCAGUUAGAGUUUUCACAGGCCAUGUCCGAUUUUAAAAACAUGUUCCCGGACAUGGAUAGGGACGUAAUAGAGGCGGUGCUGCGUGCCAACCAAGGUGCCGUAGAUGCCACUAUCGAUCAGUUGCUGGCCAUGAGCACGGACAAUCAGAACGAAAAGCUACGUCAUGAGCUGGAAACGGACGGUAGUGGACCGCGUUCGGGUGUCGCAAUUAAUCAACCCACCGAUCGCCCCCUGCUCGAUCUGUCCAGCGAUGUACCGUGCGCUGGAUCGGAACGAUUUCUCAGCACGUCCCCGAACGCAACCGCCAGCUCAAUCGUUGCGCAACAGCUGGGCGCUUCGCCAAAAAUUCGCAAACCACCAGCCGGUAGCGCGGCUGGAAGCGCCACAAAUAGUCCCCGCAUUCACACCGGACAGCAGGCGACACAGCAGCUACGCAGCGACACGACACUGGGCGAAAGAUCGGCCAGUUUUUCUUCCACCGCGACCACCAUGAACCGUCGCUGGAAUCCACCGCUGGUUGGUCCGCUACCUCCGACAUUUUUACGGCUCGGUGGAACGGCCGGCGGUACGAUCGGACCGGACGGAACGUACCGCAGCACCGAGUUUGAUCUCGGCGAUGAACAGUUCGCGAUGAUGCUGCAAAACGAAGAGUUUAUGGCGGAGCUGCGAUGGAAUCAGGAGUUCCUGUCCGCGCUCGAGAAAGACCAUCAAGGUAAGGUGCAGGAUGAUGCCGCGUUUAAGGAACGGUUGCGCCACAUGGGUAAGGUGUCGCGCAAAAAGUUCGCCCAGCUGGCACGUGUCUUUACGUGGCAACGCGGUGGCACCAAGAAGGCUAGUGCCGUACGGCAUCCGGACUCGCUGUUGCUGCAGGAGGAGCACAGUGACGAUGAGGCGGAACCGAAGCGGGUUUCGUCGGGCAAAAAGUAGAACGCGCACCAGCGUACCCACACCGUUACGCCCGGGUUGCGACAAGCUUAACAUAUAUUUGGAAUAGGUUUAAGCAGAAACCAUUAGGCGUUCGAACAUGAAUCUCCUUGCGGUCUCUCACGGGAAGCGAACGAACGUGCAACAUUAGCAAUCGAUUUUAGAGUUUAAAUUUUUAAUUCUUACCUUGUAGUGUUUAUGUACGUGCGGUAGUGCGUACGCAAAACUUCUCUGAACUAGGCAAUGAAGAGACUGUGUGUUUUUCUCCCCCUUCUCUUUCUAACAUCGCUCCCUUCCCUUGUACAUGUUUGAAGUGUCGCUUUCCUUCCUUCCGGUACUAUCGGCCACGUAACGAUAUGCAUACGAUCGUUAGUAAUCGAACGUAAUGGAUACGAACAGAUGAAUGAAUGAGACUGGGACAAGCAUUUUGCGUACGAGUUGAUAGGUAACAAAGAAACAGAGGAGAGAAAAAAAACGAGAGUGAUAGUGUGGUGAUAAUCCGAUGAGCUCUAGAAAAACAAAAGCCCAAACAACUCCCCUCCCGUCUUCGGGCUACCCUCCUUUGUGUUACACUUUUUUCCUUCCAUUUGUUUGAGUUCCUUGUUUUUUGUUUUCAAUAAUCAGAUCUGAUAUAUUUAUUUGUAUAUAGUAAAUAAGUUUAUUUAGAUGCUUUGUUAUUGCGCUUGCCAUUAUGAGGUCUAAGUUUUGCAAUCGGUGUUUGAAAGCGCUUAAAAAGAGAAUAUUUAUUUUACCAACUUAAAAACAACGGUACACAUUGGACACGUAAGAAGCGGCAGAACGAAUUUAGGUUAUUGGAUGUUUUUUAUUUUAUUUUCUAAUAGCGCUGCUCGUAUGCCAUCAAUGUUAUCAAGAAGAGAUUUAAUCGUUCUUUUUAAUUCCCGGGUAGCAAAAAAAAAAUGAAACAAAAGCAACUUUGUUAGCUUCAAACGAGGUUGGGCAAACACCAUCAUAUAAUAAGAUAAAUGAAGAACAAAACAUAAAACAAGAAGGAAACUAUAAGAACAGAUUAAACGAAACAUUUACAUGCAUAUUUAAAUUUAAAAAAUAUAUAUACACAUAUAUACAUAGAUGGAAGAAAUUAGGGUAAACAUAAAAACAAGACAGUGAGAGAUAAGAGAGACAAAGCGAACAAGGCAAUUAAGUAGAGCAGAGGAGUAAACUGGAUAACGUUGCGAAUGUAGCCAUGGUACUAGUCAUACUGUUACGAUCGAAGGAUACAACCCUUGGGCGAGGAAUUCUGCGCUUGCUCUCUCUCUCUCUCUCUCUUUCUCUCCCUGUCCCAUCGAACGAUAUGCCACCAAACAGACUUCAUGAUGGUCUCUAUGAAGGAUGUAGAGAAAACGCAUACAUUUCACCGCAAUCGAUAGUGCAAAUGAAGCAACCAAACCUAAAGCAAACGCAAACGUAUAAACCUAUGUGCAAUAGAUUAAGCACAGGACACAGGUCAAACCAUAGAGGGAAUGCAUUUGGUUUUAAUUUUUGCAUGUGAUUUUUCGUUUGCAUUUGCAUAUACUUACAUUAGCGUGAGGGAAGAUGUCUUGGUGUUCAUUACUGAAGGACGAAACAAAACAAACAAACACGCAAGCAAUCUCAAUGAUAGAAUCUAAUGCAAUUGUUGGGCGCAAUUCCGUUUUUACGCAACUUGAAACCAAAUUUUAGUUUAAGUUUAGUUAUAUCAUUAUCCAUUGCUGGAUGUGUCAUAGAGCUGCCACAAAUCCAAUAUAUGUCUAUUUAUCUUUAUUUAGCUAGCAAUCGUUUUAUUUCUUUUACUUCGUCAUUAUUUACGACUUUGGUGAUAUUUAGGGAAGUUGGCUUAUAAAAUAAUUGCUUUUGAAGUUUAUAUAAUUUUAAAAAUACGUUUUCAUUAGCAUUAUUGGAAAUAUUCUGAUCAACUGUCCUUCUAGUCCGAUCUGGUUUGAAAAUCCUUUUGUUUUACAAAUUUUGUGCGGUUAUUGGCAUUUUGUUUGUUUCAUUGUUUCUUGUAUUUUCAUGCCAUCUCAUAUUUUUAUAAUGUUCGUAAUUGGUAUUGUUUAUCGAUCUAUUCGACGAUCUUCGUUAAUUAUUCACUUCGUAAUGUCCUGCUUUUUAUUGAACACUAAAUUUUCUUGACGAUUUUUAAUUUAAUUCAAGCUUAACCGGCUGCUUUCUUAAACCAUUUUUUAUUAACCAUAAACCCAUAAACAAUAGAAACAAAAAUAUAAAAAUCAAUCCUCAACACAUUUAAUACACUGGAGAACUAGUUGUGAACGAAACAAACAAAAACAAGGCAACAAACAAAAGUGUUAGAAAAUGCAAGUAGUGUAAUAUCUUUUGCUUUUCACAAACAAACAUAAGCCCAAGCCCGUUCGAGGGUCCAAAACGACCGAAUACCACAUUAAAACAGAAAGCAAACCAGCUUUGCAUUUCCUCAAACAUGAAGCGAUAAAAGAGAAGCAGAAGUGAGUGAGAGUUCGGUCUUGCUACCGAAUCAAAUGAUGAAGAUGUUUGCCCAAUUGUGAGGAAAACAUUAGAAAAUAGAAACAAAAUCCUUUUUUUCCCAAGACCCAUCGUCGCAUUAGCGGUUAAUGGAAGGUAACAAUCGGCACUGGAUGUUACUGGAUUGAAGCAAGCAGUAUCCUGGCGGAUGAAUCUCGUGCAAAAAAAAAAACUAGUGACAGAUCAUAACGGGAAGGGAGUGUGUGGGGAUGGAAGCGAAUCAACCGUCGUAGGAAAAGAUGGAAAAGAAACAAAAACGGAAGCAAAUACAUGUUACGAUUAUUUUAAUCACCAACCAA